AUGGCCACCCCUGCUCCCGCUAAACGUAUGAAGGCUACCCCAUUGAACAUUGGAACUCAUAAUGGUCAUUUCCAUGCUGAUGAGGCUCUCGCCGUCUAUAUGCUUCGUCUCCUCCCAGAAUAUAAAGACGCAACACUCACCCGUUCCCGGGAUCCCGCUGUUCUUGAAGAGUGCGACAUAAUCGUCGAUGUCACUGGUAAAUACGAUAGCACCAAGCACUUUGACCACCACCAGCGCGAAUUCGCCGAGACUUUCUCUCCCAACCACAAAACAAAGCUCUCUAGCGCUGGGUUAGUCUACAAGCAUUUCGCGCGCGCCAUCAUCAAUCACCGUCUCUCAAUCGAGCCAACCUCCCCCUCCUCCGACCUCAUUUACACUAAGCUCUACAACGACUUCAUCGAAGCUCUCGACGCCAACGACAACGGCAUCUCCGCCUACCCCUCUGACGCGCCUUCACCACUCUUCAACGAAAAAUCGAUUUCUUUGCCAUCUGCCGUCGGCGCCUUCAACCCAAACUGGAAUGACCCCUCACCUUCGCAGGAGUCCGAGGACGCAAACUUUGUCCAGGCAUCCGACUUUAUUGGGUCGGUAUUCCUGCGUAAGCUCGACUUCUACGGGAAAUCUUGGCUGCCGGCGAGGGACUUUGUCGUUGCUGCGAUAGAGAAGAGGAUGGAGUAUGAUGACAAGGGUCGCAUUUUGGGCAUUAAAGGAGAGACCAUCUAUGUAUUGUAUGGCGAGGGCCCUGGAAAAAACUGGAGGGUUCAGGCCGUGCCAGUAAGCAAGGACUCGUUUGAGAGUCGUAAGGCUCUGCCGGCCGCAUGGAGAGGCAUCAGGGAUGAUGCUUUGAGCGAGGUUACUGGAAUUCCUGGUGGUGUGUUUGUUCACGCCAGUGGGUUCAUCGGUGGUAAUAAGAGCUUUGAGGGAGCGCUCGAGCUGGCAAAGAAGGCAUUGGAAUUGUAG